AUGAAAUCACAAAGUCUCUCACAAUUCUUUUUCUCUGUUCUUUUAUUCACAAUUCUUACCACUUCUGUUCUGUCCAUAACAUGUCCACCAGAAUAUACUGAUGAAGUUAAUUAUACGAAUGCAAAAACACGCUACAUAGUCUCCCUUAAAAAAUCCGAACAAUCCUCUUCCGAUGUUGAAACUCAUUUCGCCUAUUUACGUGAUUGUAUGAAUAGAAUUCUAGUUUAUUCCUCGCAAGUGGAUUAUCAUGGUACAAUUAAUGAUACCAUUAUUAGUGAAAAUCAAAAAGUAAUUUAUAUUUUGAAAACUGUGAAUAUUUAUUAUGGAUGGUUUGAUCCAAAUUACGUUGUUGAGAGAUUGAGCAAGUUAGAAAUUGUUAAUAGUGCUGAAAAAGAUCAAAAAGUUUCUAUUAAUUAA